AUGUAAAAUAACGAUCCUACUCAAUUAUAUAUGUUAACCAAGAAAACUAAUGUAGAUCACUUAGUUGGGUCUAAAGCAUCUAGAGCACAUACUAAAGUUGAAACAAAAGUGAGCUCAUCAAUUUCAAAUUCUUAAAAUAGUCAACGCAAAACCUCUUAUUAUAAUAGGCCUCCAUUGUCAACUAAAAACUCGUUUAGUGUUCAUGUUGAUACAGAUGAAGGUGGUGGAGUUAAGAAAAUUUAGAGUUAUCAAAACAUUAAUAAUAAGAUGGAGAAAUUUUCAUAAUAGAAUAGACAUCUAAUUUGUAAAUUUUAUGAAGGCAUUUAUUUAAUCGGAAAUUCUACUCUUGGAAAAACUGAUAUACUUUAUUAAUAUGGAGCAUGUCAUCUUGAAUAAUUAUUGCCAGAUUUAGUAUUUCCAUAUGGAGCUAAAGAUGUGUAGAAGAAGUUAUCUGAUUCUUAAAGUGAAAUCAAUGAAAUCCUUUAUAAAAGAUUUGUAUCCGAAAAUAAUCCAAACUGCUUCGUUUUACCAAUUAAAACUUCAGAAUCAUUCGAAAAAUAAUAGUAUAAUAGUAAUGAAUUAGCUUAUUGUAUUUGUUUAUCAAUACAAGAUGUUUGCCCAUCGAAAAAUAGUUAUUUGAAGUGUGAAAGAGUUCUCUGUCUAGUUUCCUAUUUGCCUCUAAUAAAAUAUUUUAUUGAUUUUCUGAUAGAAGUCAUGAAUUGUGCCAAACAAGAGAGGUUUAACAAUUUGACAUUCACAUAAUACAUUCAAAAAUGCCCUCUUUUUGAAACUCUCCCUAUAUAAAUUCCAAGUAAAUAAAUACCAUAAUCCUAUUAUGACUAUAAUGAGUACCAUGUGAAAUAAUUAAAAAUACUAAACAAUGCUCUUAGUCUGGGAUUGGUUGCAAUAAAUAUCAUUUUAGAGAGAUCUGUGAUAUUUGUGGCCUAAAAUGUUUAAUAAUUAGGAGCAAUUCUUAUGCUGUUUCUCAAACACGUUAAAUGGAUUCAUUAGAUGGUGGCUUCAAUCCCUCCAAAAAACAUUGAAUUAUUGAAUGUACCAGUACCCUUAUUAGGUGGAAUAGUACUAGAUGAUUAUCAAUGUAUUGAAUAAUUAAUUGAUGAAUAUCCAAAUGUUGUUUUUGUGGAUCUUGUUAAUUAGCAUGUUCGAAAUUCUAAUGAUUUCACUAAAAGUCUGAUUUACAUAUUUUUGGUCAGAUAACUACAAGGAAAGUCGCCAUUUGAGAUCGGUUAGAUUUUAGGAUCCUUCUAAUAAAAUCUAGUAUCUGAGUCCACAAGGGACGAAUACAUAAUGAAAGAGUUUAGAUAAACUUAGUACUUUCAUGAGAUGGAUUAGAUGAAAUAAUCUUUAAAUGUAAGAAGUAUUCCAACUUUUCACCAAAUAAAAGUGUCGCAACAAACUUUUAGAAAGUUUUGA